CGGGGCUCAGGCUGGAAGAAAGGGCGGGACUUCCGGCGGCGGGGAGGAAACCGCCAGCAAGCGCCCAUGGCUUGGUACCCGAAGCUUGUAGGCGUUCCCCUUAAGGCUCAGAGAUUCCACACAGCUGCGUGUCGCUACAAAGCUCGGACGGGUGCCGAGCACCUGUGGCUGAAGCGCCAUCUAAGGGACCCGUUUGUGAAGGCUGCAAAGGUGGAGAGUUACCGCUGCCGCAGCGCCUUCAAGCUCCUGGAGAUGAAUGAGAAGCAUCAUAUCUUGCGACCUGGCCUCCGGGUGCUGGACUGCGGGGCGGCUCCGGGAGCCUGGAGUCAGGUUGCGGUGCAGAGAGUCAAUGCCACAGGCGCAGACUCCAGCUCUCCUGUGGGCUACGUGCUCGGGGUUGAUCUUCUUCACAUAUUCCCUCUGGAAGGAGCAACUUUCCUAUGCCCUGCUGAUGUGACUGACCCCAAAACUUGCCAGAGAAUUUUAGAACUGCUUCCCAGAAGGAGAGCGGACGUGAUUCUCAGUGACAUGGCACCCAACGCCACGGGGAUCCGAGACCUCGAUCACGACAGGCUCAUCAGCUUGUGCCUGACCCUUGUGGGCAUGGCUGCGAAUAUCCUGCAUCCCGGGGGAACACUGCUGUGCAAAACCUGGGCUGGAAGUAAAAGUCACCUGCUACAGAAGAGACUGACCCAGGAAUUCCAGAAUACGAGGGUCGUGAAACCAGAGGCCAGCAGGAAGGAGUCUUCAGAGGUGUAUCUCUUAGCCACGCAGUACCGGGGAGGGAAGGGCUCCACGGAGCAGUGAGUCUGCCCUGCCCUCUGGGGGUGCUUUCCUGAGAGUGGCUGGGAUCGGAACUGUAUUGUGGAUGUGGACAGCACCCCACUAGGCACCUCUUGAGUUUUAAAGAGAUGAAAAAAAUGUAUUUGAGGUUGGUGAAAAAUGAUAAAAGUGGGGCCAGCACGGUGGCUCAGUGAGUAACGGUGCCUGUACUGAGCCUGAUACCCUGAGUGUGCUCUCCAGGACCCCCACAGUGGGAAGAGAGAGCCAGCUCCCGAAAGUUGUCCCCUCACCCCCACGUGCACAUACACGAGCAGAUGUUUCAGGAUGGUUUCUGUCAAUUUGACAUUUCUUUCUGGGAAGAAAGAAUCCAGCUGAAGAACCGCCUCCAUCAGAUUGGCCUGUGGGCAAAUCUGUGAGAGGAGCCGUUUUCUUGAUUAAUGAUUGACGUGGGAGGAGGGCCCAGCCCAAUAGGAGCAGCGCCACCCCUGGGCAGGUAGUCCUGAGUUGUGUAAGAAAGCAAGGCGAGCAAGACACAAAGAAGGAGCCAGUCAGCAGGGGUCCUCCGUGGCCUUCAAUUACCGCCUCCAGGUUCCUGCCUUGAGUAUUUGCCUUGACUUUCUUCAAUGAUCAGUUAGACUGGGAUGAGGAAGUCAAGUAAACCCUUUCCUCCCAAGGUUGCUUUUAGGAAACAAGACUAAACAGUCUUCUAUAUCA